UUUCAAACGAUGGUUUUUAAGUCAAGCGGUAGCGCGGAUUUACUGGAACGAGUUCGAAAUUCGAAGUGCCAAUUUUCAAAAAAUUUUCGUGUAAAAAAUUUAAAUUCUUGCUAAAAUACGAUGGAUUCUAGUGAGUAGCAUUAAUAUAUUUGCUUUUACUUCAAACCAUAAUAUAAAGGAAUAUAUUUAGUGGUCUCUUUGAUAAUAUUUGUGUGUGUUUUUAAGGUUUUUCUCGGGUACCUUCAACCGGUCUACAACUGACGCCUACGUCUAGAGGUGGCAGCAUGAUGGGGCAAACGGGAUCAAUGAGUUUUGGUACGCCGAGCCAUGGUCAGAAUACAAGCAGUUAUCUUCCUGGAUAUCUGCUAGGCGGACAUACCCCUUCUCAAAUGGUAGGUAUCAUUGACCAGCGAUCUUCGGGUCUGAAUGAAAAGAUAGUUUGGCUGAUCAUUUGUCUGUGGUCGAUUGUGAGAGAUAAACUACUUGAAGAAUAGAAACAGGACUUCAGUGUUUUGAGCGAAAGCCCUUCGUCACCCUUCAUGAAGGCCCUUUGCUCAAAAUGUCAAAGUUCUGCAUGUAUUUUUCAAGUAGUUGUAUAUCUUUUAUAAUCCGCAGUUAUUAUCAUCUCUACCUACCCCCUCCCCCCAGCACACCAUCUCCCCGCCCAGCACACCAUCCCCAUCACACCCUACCACCAUGCCAUCCCUGGAAAGUAUCCCACCUACCCCCAUAAAAAUUUCUAACAUAAAUUGCACCAAUCUUAUUGUUUUAGUCUCAUUCCCACGACAUGUCGUAUGGUCAAAGUUCUCGUAACAGAAGUCCUGGGAAAAUGAAAUCAUGGUCACCGUCAAGGUCUGGUGGACAGAUCUACGGUAGUCAUGGAAAGUCAAGUGCGAACAGGGACAGAAAAGAUGUCGGCCAGAUCCGACACACUAUGUAUGUAUUCUGAGGUUAUAAUUCAUUUGUAGAUAGAUUGAUUGAUCAGGUAGUUAGUCAGGCAGUUAAUCAGAGUGAGGGGUCCGCCACGGCAUUCGAAAGUGUACAAGAUUUCGAAAUCAGGUGAUUUCUAACCUGAUUUCUUGUUUUUUAACCUGAUUUCUGUUGAUUUCUAACCGGAUUUCUGUUGAUUUAUAAUUGAGUUUGAGUCAAAUGUUUCCCAGCCAGUCACUCACUCUGGCUCAGAGUUGUUAACAAGUCCUAUGUUGCAAGUCCAAGUCAAGUCACAAGUCAUUUCCUGCAAGUUCAAGUCAAGUCACAAGUCAUUUGGUCUGAGUUCAAGUCAAGUCACAAGUCAUUUUGUCUAAAUCCAAGUCAAGUCAAGUCACAAGUCAUUCCGAGUGGCAAGUCAAUUCAAGUCAAGUCACAAGUCAUUUUAUCGCCACAUGUGGCCAUGUUUUCUCACGCAAAACGACAAAAUAUGUAAAUAUGGUGUCGUUAUUUUAUGUCAGAAAUUUUACCACGAAAUCGCGAAAAAAAAAGCUUUGUCAGAAAAUAUGCCGGCACAAAUUCUGUCGAUGCCAUUGAUACACUAAGGUCGUUGCCCAAAUUGUACAACACGACGAUCGAUCGAUCAACACAAAGAUUUUGGAAAACUUGAUUUUCAGUAUAGAUAUUUACGUUUGACUUGCGUUGGUAACAAGUCAUUUCUUGCAAGUCCAAGUCACAAGUCAUUUUGCCCAAGUCCAAGUCAAGUCACAAGUCAUCAGUCUCUUUAACAAGUCAAGUCACAAGUCACAAAAAUUGCGACUCGAGUCCGACUCGAGUCCAAGUCACAUGACUCGAGUCUACAACUCUGCUCUGGCUCAGCCAGUGAACUCUAAUAAGAGUUCACUGGGCUCAGCUAAGCCAGUCAUUCAAGUGAGUCAAUGAGUUAUUAAACCAGUCAUAGCUACUUAUUUAGUUAGCUACUAUAUGCAGUAUAAGAUUUCAAGCUCUGCUAACGCUCUUAUUUUUUCAACGUAAUUGACAGUGCAACCCUAUUUUCUCAGAGUGGUUGUAGGCUGCUCAUACAGCGUGCCAGAAUGGUGUCUGUUGUCACACUAAUUAUUGAACCAAAUUGCUUAAAUUUGUCCAUAGGAAAUAUGCAGCUCUGGUUAAUAUUGAUGUCGGGACUCUACUGAAAAUUGCCCAGCAAAAAACUGCCAAAAUCAUGAAAAAAAUAUUCAAAAAAAUUGUUUAUUUUCGACUUACCUACCCUAAUUUGUUCAUGAUAUCAAAUGAAACCGGAACCACAGGUAUUUUUUUAGGCCUUAUUGCCAUGACCGGCACUGGUGCAGACCAUUCUGUGUCAAGAAUUAUUUUUUCAUCAUUCUUACAGCAGUGAAGGUCACACUCCAAAGAGUCUAAGAGGAAAGGCUCCUCCUGUGGCAGAUCUUUUUAAUGACACAAGCCCAACACAAAGUCCAAUGAGAAGAGAAAACCAACAUGUAAAUUAUAUAAUUAUAUUGUAACAAUUUUAUCAUGGUGAUAAAAAUGUAUUGUAUGCAAAUGAUAGAAAACAUUAUUAAAUUAUUAUGACAUAUUAAUUUCUAGAUGGAUGUGCAUAUGGUUACACUUGCAUCACAGACUAAUUCUCCUAGUAAGUCGACUGGCAAACAAUUUUUUAAAGUGCGACUAACUCCAAAUAUGAUUUUUUGUGUGUGUAAUAUUUGGAUCAUUCUGAGAAGAAAUGUAAUAUAUCUUUAUAAUAAAAAAUCCCAUCUUGAUCAACUUUUUCACUAUCAAAGUUUUCCCGGAUAUGAUGUCAUUAGGUGAAUUGUGAAUUAGUUUUCCUUUGUUUUGUUUUUUUUACCAAAAAUUCACCUAACGACAUCAUAUCCGGAAACUUUGACAGUGAAAAAGUUGAUCAAGAUGAGGUUUUUUAUUAUAAAGAUACAUUACAUUUCUUCUUAGAAUGACCCAAAUAUUACACAUACCAAAAAUCAUAUUUGGGGUUUGUCGCACUUUAAUGAUUGAGGAAAGAAAGAUGCAAGGAAGUUUUGUUAUAUAAUACACCUUUCUACACAUGCAAAUCUAUCAUCUUGUAGCAAGUCUGCCAACAAGCCGUCAACAAGUUGUGUUCGCACUGCUUGUCCCAAGUUAUCAACAAGUUUGGCACAAGUUGUUAACAACUUGUAACAAGCUUGAUGGCAUUAUCAGACUUGUAGCAAGGUUGUUCCAACAAGUCCGAUACAGUCAUGAUAUAACAAUAUUGUUACAACCUUGUGUUGUCAACCUUGUACUCUUGUAGCAUUCUUGUUAUAUCAUGACUGUAUCAGACUUGUUAGAACAACCUUGUAACAAGUCUGAUAAUGCCAUCAAGCUUGUUACAAGUUGUUAACAGCUUGCUCCAAACUUGUUACAACAACUGGGAACAAGCAGUGCGAACACAACUUGUCGACAGCUUGUGAACAGAUUUGUAACAACUUGUUUGCAGACCUGUAACAACUUGUGCAUUUUUACGUGUGUAGUUCAGCAAAUAUACAACUAGUAUGGAAUUUUUUAUUUAACAUUUGACUAAUGUAUUUUUGUUCCUAGGUCACAGAUCACGACAUAGCACAACAGAUUUUCGAGAGCAUUUGUUGAGUCCUUCCAGAAAACCUAUUUCAUCUCCUGCUCAAAUAGAUCCAUUCUACUCCCAAGGGUAAAGGACAAAGCAAAAAUGUUAUGCACUAUUUAAAACACAAGCAGGAGUGUUUCAGGGUGCGAUAAUCCACAAUUUUUAGUCGUACCCGACUGGUACGCCAAUGGUCGUUGCCGCGUACUUGCGCUUGUACACAAUCAGUACUCAAUUUGUACUUAGUCAUUAAAAUAAGGUUCAUAAAGUACAGGUUUCUGAAAAGUAUGUUCAGACUACGAGGUAGAAAAAGAGCACAAUUGGUCAAUUGCAUAUACAAACAAUCGACUCCAACGUUUCUUAAUGCCGUCAGUUCAAUCAUGUUUCAUGUCAAGACAUCUCAGACACAUGAUAUACCAACUAAAUUACGGUAUUGAAUACCUUGGACUUGGAAAGGUCAUGUCAGGGCGCAAAAUAACGGCCGGAGGGUCGCCGGUCAAGGUGACCGACCAACUCAAUUUUAGCUCGGACAUACCGAAUCUCUGGCCGGUCAAAUUAUUCAGCUUAAAGCAAAGCUUAGUAAAGUAUACCCUUAAAAAUGUGACUAUUUUCCAAGUAUAGCAUUACAAAAAGCCUUACUGUAAUCAGUAAUUAAAAAGUCCUUCACAUAAAACAGCUUGCACUUCGCUAAAACCAUGGCCUUAACUCGUGCAUAAGCUAAAAGCAUGGCCAUGGGUUUUGUGACGUACUGCGUGGGAAAGCUUGCCCGUACAUUGAAGUUCUUUUCCCGCAAAAUAUUCGACAACAUGUUAUGGUUCUUAAUUAUAAUACUUGACAACUUUAUUUUGAUUAUUAAUUCAAAUGAAGAACAGUUUGUUCUUUUACCGAAAGUGAGCGAUCAAAAUGACCGGCAAGUUAAGAAGAAUUUGACCGGACAACUCCGCAUUCUGGCCGGUCUUUGUCCGUUGACCGGCCGUUAUUUCGCGCCCUGCAUGUGCGCAGAUAGCAAGAGCUCUGCUUACCUACGUGGGACUUGGCUGAAAACAAAGAAGUACAAGACCGUAAUAUUGGCGUACCUCCGGUACAUACACUAAGUACGUGAAUUAUCGCACCCUGGUAGGUCACAAUAUCAUUCAUGGUGACUUAUUGUGUUAAAACAUUCUGAACACCUUUAUUGCAGUGAAAGUAUCACAACAAACGAAACACUAGAUGAAUGUUCUAUUACUGCUUUUGGGUAUGAAAUUCUUUCAUUUUGUGAAGAAAGUGUAGUCUAUAGGCCCAUUGCACAUGACGUCACAGCGCCGGCGACGAUGCAUCUGGAGGACAAGUUAGCAAUCUAUGCAUAAUAUAACUUUUGUAAACAAAGCAAAUUUUGUAAAACUUUAUAAUAAUUUUGUAUUAAAAUGGUUAGUUUUUGUGCUGUAUGUGGUUGUUGUACCCGAACAGAUAUUGUUAGGGAGCAUCUGGAGGACACUCUAAGGGAUUUGUGACGUCAGUGCAAAGGGUCUAUAUUGUUCACUGUAAAAACACUCUGGAAAGUGUAGUCUAAAUUGUAGUAUAACAUUAUUUACUUUCAGGUUUCCACCAUCAGCAAGUUCUUUUCUUCUGCAACAGUUCUCGCAGUAUGGAAGUAUUUUAAAACACGAAGUAUGUUAUUAUGUAAAGUUUAAACAUUUUUGGAAGGAAAUUCUAUUUGGUAUAGCCUUUCUGUGUUUUAUUAUCGUUUUAUCAAGGUUGCCUCAAGUGGAAAUUGGAUGCACAUAAAAUACCAAUCAAAACUUCAAGCCAAAAAGGUAGCUGCAAAAUUCCAUUUUCUCAACACACAGUAUUCAUCACCACUAUUGUUGCUGUCAGCAUCAUCAUUACCACUAUAAUAAUGAUUAAUUAUCACCACAACCAUCAUCACCAUAACCACCAUCAUCAUAUCACCACAACCUUUAUCACUGUAACCAUCAUCACCAUAACCAUAUCAUCACCAUAACCACCAUCACCAUAACCAUAACCAUAUCAUCACCAUAACCAUAUCAUCACCAUAUCAUCACCAUAACCAUAUCACCAUGACCAUAUCAUCACCAUAACCAUAUCAUCACCAUAACCAUAUCAUCACCAUAACCAUAUCAUCACCAUAACCAUAUCAUCACCAUAACCAUAUCAUCACCAUAACUAUAUCAUCACCAUAUCAUAAUAACCAUAUCAUCACCCUAACCAUAUCACCAUAACUAUAUCAUCACCAUAACCAUAUCAUUACCAUAACCAUAUCAUCACCAUAUCAUAAUAACCAUAUCAUCACCAUAACCAUAUCAUCACCAUAACCAUAUCUUCACCAUAUCAUCAUCAUAACCAUAUCAUCACCAUAACCAUAUCAUCACCAUAACCAUAUCAUCACCAUAACCAUAUCAUCACCAUAACCAUAUCAUCACCAUAACCAUAUCAUCACCAUAACCAUAUCACAUCCUUCAUCACCAUAACCAUCAUCACCAUAACCAUCAUCACCAUGACCAUAUCAUCACCAUGACCAUAUCAUCACAACCUUCAUCACCAUAACCAUAUCAUCACCAUAUCAUUACCAUAACCAUAUCAUCACCAUAACCAUGUCAUCACCAUAACCAUAUCAUCACAACCUUCAUCACUGUAACCAUCAUCACUGUACUGUCAACAUGAUUUGUGCACCAUCAAUAUCAUGUUAAGUAACACGAUCACCAUUAAUGAGAAAGAAAGACUCGUCACCACCAUCAUCAUUAGCGUAACAUAUGAACUAAAAUUUCUUUGUUGAUCGUUUUGGUUAAUUUGCUUUUUAAUUGUCAAAGGCAUUGAGCAAAAAUGGGAAAAUAUUUGGCAACAAUAUGAUGGUCGGUGUUAAACAAUGCAUUGAUAAGGUUAGUUCCCUGUUUCCAGCGUUGUAAAGUUUUUCCCUGUAAUUUUAAGAUCUUGUGGAUUUGUAAUUUUUUCCUUUUGUAAUUAUAGAGUUUUAUGUUUGAAACUGGCAAAGAGAAUCUUCCAACCUCAGCCACAACCUCGCUGUCUGUUUCGAGUGAUGUCGCUGCUCCUUCGCCAUCUAGAAAAACGCCCAUACGUCCUUUGACAGCGGCCUAUCAAGCAGCCAGUAGUGACAUCGAGGU